AUGAUAAUUCUUUUGAUUCUUGUUUUUGUAAUAUAGGGGAGAUUUUUGUAAUAAAAAGGAGUUCCUCCAAAAAAAGGUGAGAAAUGGGAUUAAUCUAAUGAAGCAUUUGAUUAAAUUUUAGAUCAUAUUUCAAGUAAUUUAACACAAAGUCAAAAGGAUGAAUUGGAAUUAAUCGAAGGAUAUAUAUUAAGUGAAGGAUUAUUAUAUUAUGCUUCAGCAAAUUAAGAAGAAAAAUAAAAGAUUUUUUAAAGUUUGAUUGAAAUGAUUGGGGAACUGGAAAAAGAGAAUGAACAAGAGAAAAUAAAGCUCGAAAAUGAUAUAUAAUAUUUUAGUUAACUAAAUACGACAGAUAAAGAUAUUGUAUUGACAAAGAUUUCUCAAAGUUUAAAUAGAGCACUUAAAGACUCAUCAAAAGUGUUUAAUAGUAAUUUAGUUUUAUAGACAAUUAAAGAAGAAAUUGAAAAUUUUUAAAAUAAACCUGAUAGAGGAACAAAAGCAACAUGGAAUAUAAAUGAAUAUAAAAUGAUUUAAGAAUAAAAUGAAUAGGAUUUGAGGGAAAUAGAAUAUUAGAUAUAAGAAUUUUUAGAUUAGGGUUUGGCAGAAUAGAAAAUUCAAGAAAAGAUGAAAGAAUUUAUAGAGAUAUUCUUUAGUAAUUCAACAACAUUAGAAUAAAAUAACAAAACAAUUGAUGAAAUUAUUUUAGAUGUGAAGAAAUAGGAAGAAUAAAGUAAUCAAAAUUAACAAAUGAAAUAAUAUAGAUAAAAAGUAAGAGAAUUAAUAAGGGAAAAAUUAGAAUAGGGAAAAACAGAGGAGGAAAUUUAGAAGGAAGUAGAUGAUUAUUUAAGUAAGAAUGGAGUAAAUGAUUUGACCGAUGAAGAGAGAGAUUUAAUAAAAUUAAUUAUAAAAAAAGAAAUGCUACGAAAUCAAAGAUAAUAAAGUAUUAUAAAUGAAGAUGAAACUAAAUUCUAAGCUUAAAAUAAUGUAUACUACAUAUACCUUGGUAUUUUUACAAUAGUUUUAUUACUUUCUUUAUUAGUAUUUCUAAUAAGAAGACAUAAAAUGAAAAAUAAUCAAAAGAAAUAAAUUGGAUUUAGGAUUCCUUAAGAAGCUGAAUCUAUGGAUUGA